AUGAAGGAAACAUCUGUGCUGUGUCUGCUCUUUCUGAUCUCACUGCUGAGCUGCACAACAAACCAAGCUCGUCUGACUGUGAGUCCCAGCAGCUCUCAGUUCUUUAAAGGAGACUUUGUGUCUCUGAGCUGUGAGGAGGACGACAGCUCUGCUGGAUGGACUCUGAGGAGGAACACAAGCAAACUACAGAGGACUCAGUGUGGAGAUGGGUGGGGAAGAUGGUAUUGUGGAACUAACUUUGGAAAAUGGUCUGGUUCUUCUUGUAACAUCAGCUACAUCUAUACAUGGGACAGUGGAGUUUACUGGUGUGAGUCCAGAGAGGGUGCCAUCAGUAACAUGAUUAACCUCACAGUCACUGGUGGAUCAGUGAUCCUGCAGAGUCCUGUCCUCCCUGUGAUGGAGGGAGAUGACGUCACUCUGCUCUGUCAAACAAAGACCACUCCCUCCAACCUCCCAGCUGCUUUCUUCAAAAACAGCACCUUCAUUGGCAAUGAGCCUACAGGUCACAUGACCAUCCAGCAUGUUUCCAGGUCUGAUGAAGGCCUCUACAAGUGUGACAUCAGCGGUCAUGGAGAGUCUCCAUCCAGCUGGAUCACUGUCAUAGAUAUACCUGCAACAACAACUCCACCCACUUCAGGAACUCAAAGAACCACUCGUCAUUUUGACUUUACACUGAUGCGAUAUCUGCUGGUCUUCUGCCCUUUCUUCAUCUCCACCCUCCUCAUGGUUUCUUUAUAUCAACAAAGAGCCACAGGUAACACUCUGAGAAAUGACCAGACCAUCUCUGAAGCAAUGACCCGACCUACCAAGGUCAAGGGACUGGACGUGGAGGAUGAUGUCAUCGAAGAGCAUCACCCGUGA